CAAAUUGCCGCCAUUUUGAGCGGGCGGGUUCCCGGCGCGCGGCACGGCAGGGAGCCAGAGGCGAAGGUUGCGCGGCUCUAGGACCUAGGAAGGCGGCCGCUAUGGCACCUGGAUGCAAAACUGAGGUACGCAGUGUGAUAACGUCUCAGUCCAACCAACCAAGUAACGAAGGCGAUGCCAUCAGAGUUUUCAUCCGAAUCCGUCCACCUGCAGAGGGCGUGAGAGCCAGGACAGCGGAUGGAGAGCAAAGCUUGUGCCUCUCGGUGCUUUCCUCUACCACCCUGCGGCUGCACUCCAACCCUGAGCCCAGGACCUUCACGUUUGAUUAUGUGGCCGACAUGGACACCACUCAGGAGUCUGUGUUCUCGACAGUGGCAAAGAACAUUGUGGAGUCUUGCAUGAGCGGUUACAACGGCACCAUCUUCGCCUAUGGGCAGACAGGCUCUGGGAAGACAUUUACUAUGAUGGGACCAUCUGAAUCUGAUAAUUUUUCUCAUAAUUUGAGAGGAAUAAUUCCACGAAGCUUGGAGUAUUUGUUUUCCUUAAUUGAUCGUGAAAAAGAGAAGGCCGGCGGGGAAAAAAGCUUCCUGUGUAAGUGCUCCUUCAUCGAGAUCUACAAUGAACAGAUCUAUGACCUGCUGGACUCAGCAUCGGCGGGGCUCUUCCUGCGGGAACACAUCAAGAAGGGGGUGUUUGUCAUUGGCGCAGUGGAGCAGGUGGUCACCUCGGCCGCAGAGGCCUAUCAGGUGCUGUCUAGAGGGUGGAAGAACAGGCGUGUGGCAUCAACAUCAAUGAACAGGGAGUCCUCCAGAUCUCAUGCAGUCUUUACAGUCACAGUAGAGUCCAUGCAGAAGAGCAGUGAGGUUGUGAAUAUCCGGACCUCCCAACUCAACCUGGUGGACUUAGCAGGAUCUGAAAGGCAAAAAGAUACACAUGCAGAGGGAAUGAGACUAAAGGAAGCAGGUAACAUAAACCGAUCAUUGAGCUGCCUGGGACAAGUGAUUACUGCACUGGUGGAUGUGGGCAAUGGGAAGCAGAGACAUGUGUGUUACAGAGACUCCAAGCUUACUUUCUUACUGCGGGACUCUCUUGGUGGUAACGCCAAAACAGCCAUAAUUGCAAAUGUUCAUCCCGGAUCCAGGUGUUUUGGAGAGACACUAUCAACUCUGAAUUUUGCUCAAAGAGCCAAACUGAUUAAAAACAAGGCGGUGGUGAAUGAAGACACCCAGGGGAAUGUGAGCCAGCUCCAGGCCGAAGUGAGGAGGCUUCGAGAGCAGCUGGCCCAGCUUGCUUCUGGGCAGAGCCCCCAGGACAGCUUCCUGCCCAGAGAGAAGACCAAGUACAAGGAGUGUUUCCUGGAGGCUAUGUUACUGUUUAAGAAAUCCGAACAGGAAAAGAAGUCUCUGGUAGGAAAAAUUACCCAGUCAGAAGAUCUCAUCCUCAAAAAGGAAAAGUUUAUUCAGUCUUACAAAAUGAUCGUGAAGCUGCGUGAGGCCUACAUCGUGCGCCUGGAGAAGCUGCUCAAGGAGCCCCCGGGCAGCUUCCUGGCCGAGGAGCAGGACCGGCUGCUUUCAGAACUGCGGGCUGAGGUUCAGAUGCUGCGAGAGCAGAUAGAGCACCACCCCAGAGUGGCGAAGUAUGCCAUGGAAAACCAUUCCCUCAGGGAGGAAAACAGAAGGCUGAGAUUAUUAGAACCCGUGAAGAGAGCCCAGGAAAUUGAUGCCCAGACCAUUGCCAAACUAGAAAAGGCUUUCUCUGACGCAUCUGACACAGAGAGAGGUGACAAAGGUCAACCAGAAUUUUCUCCCAACGCUCCGAGAGAACCAAGUUCAUUCACAAAUGUAGAAAAGUUAAAAGCACAGCUCCUGCAAGUUCAGACAGAGCUGAAUAAUUCGAAGCAAGAAUGGGAAGAAUUCAAAGAACUAACCCGGAAGAAGCAGCUAGAAUCGGAAUCAGAGAUUCAGUCUUUGCGAAAAGCAAACCUUAAUCUCGAAAACCUUUUAGAAGCAACAAAAGCCUGCAAGCGGCAAGAAGUGUCUCAACUGAAUAAAAUUCACGCGGAAACACUUAAGAUUAUAACUACACCGACCAAGGCUUACCAACUUCGUUCUCGAUUAGUACCGAAGUUAAGCCCUGAAAGCGGGAGCUUUGGCUCUGUGCACACUCAGAACUGCAGUGAAUUAGACAAUGAUAUAUUAAGUGAGCCCAUUCCUCCCGAGAUGAGUGAGCAAGCUUUCGAAGCCCUUUCUGAAGAGCUUAUAAUGGUGCAGGAACAAAUGAGUGCUCUUCAGGUCAAGCUGGAUGAAGAAAAUCAUAAAAAUCUAAAACUUCAGCAGCAUGUUGACAAACUGGAACACCAUUCUGCACAGAUGCAGGAGCUUUUCUCAUCUGAAAGAACAAGUUGGACCAACCAGCAUCAAGAGCAUCUCCUGCAGCUCAGUAUCCUGGAGAAACAGCUUCGAGACUCACAGACUGAGAAUGACCUUUUGAAAAGCGAGGUGCGUGACCUGCGACUUGUCCUUCACUCUGCUGACAAGGAGCUGUCUUCGGUAAAACUGGAGUAUGGUUCCUUCCGAGACAGUCAAGAGAGAGAGCUCGGCCAGCUGUCGGAGCGGCACCUUCACACACAGCUGCAGCUGGACAGCAUCAGAUUAGAAAAUGAAAAACUUCUCGAGAGCCAAGCCUGCCUUCAGGAUUCCUACGACAACUUACAGGAAGUAAUGAAGUUUGAAAUCGACCAACUUUCAAAAAGCCUCCAAAACUACAAGAAAGAAAAUGAAGCUGUGAAGUGUGACCUGAAUCGUUUGACUGAGCUUUAUGAAGCAGAAAGAGAGCGCAGCAGCAGGUUGGCAUUACAGUUUGAAGAAGAUAAAGAAAACAGUUCUAAAGAAAUUGUGAAAGUUCUUGAGGCUGCUCAUCAGGAGAAACAGAAAGAGAUGGCCAAGUCUGAACGUCAGAUGGCAGAAAUACAGAAACUGGAAGAGAGCUUGCUUGCUGCUGAGAAAGCAACCAGUUCCCUGGAAAAGUCUAGAGAUGCUGAUAAGGAAGUUAUAGCUGACCUCACAAACCAGAUCCAGGAGCUCAGAGCAUCUGUGUGUGAGAAAGCUGACACCAUCGACACCCUGAGGGAGGAGCUGGAGGACCUGGUUUGCAAAUACAACUCUGCUUUGGCCGACAGAGAAGAAAGCCAAGAGCUGAUCCAGAGGCAGGAAGCUGAAAUUCUGGACCUGAAAGAAACUGUUAGGCUGAGAAAACUCUCUGAUGACAUCGAGAGGGACAUGCUCUGUGAGGAUCUGGCUCAUGCCACCGAGCAGCUGAACAUGCUCACUGAGGCCUCCAGAAAGCACUCAGGGCUGCUGCAGUCCACGCAGGAGGAGCUGGCCAGGAAGGAGGCCCUGAUCCAGGAACUUCGAUGCGAGCUAAACCAAAAGCAAGAGGAAGUGGAACAGAAGAAGAAUGAAUAUAAUUUCAAAAUGCGGGAACUGGAGCGCGUGAUGAGCUCAGCUGCCGAGUACCCCCAGAGCCCUCAGACGCCACCUCACUUUCAAGCACAUUUGGCAAAACUGCUGGAAACGCAAGAGCAAGAGAUAGAAGACGGAAGAGCCUCGAAGACCUUUUUGCAACAGCUCGUAACAAAGCUAAAUGAAGACAGAGAAGUCAAGAAUGCUGAAAUCCUCAGAAUGAAGGAGCACUUGUGUGAGAUGGAAAAGCUGCACCUGGAGAACCAGCAGCUGAAAGAGAGAAACUGGCUCCUGCAGGGGCAGCUGGAUGACAGGGAAGGAGAGAGGGACAGCAGCAAUUGGAAUCCCCUGGAGAAUCAACAGCUGAAGAAGGAACAUGAAGAAGAGAUUGUCAAAGAAAGACUUGCUAAAAGCAAAAUAGCUGAAGAAAUGCAGAAAAUGAAAACAGAUCUGAGAAAAGUCCAAGGUACCCUGCAGAGCAGAGAGCUGGACUGCCUCCGAAUGGCCGAGGAGGUUGAGCGCAUGCACACACUGGAGGCUAAAGCGUUCCAGGAAAAGGAACAGCUGAGAUCGAAACUAGAGGAGAUGUAUGAGGAGAGAGAGAGAAACUUUCAGGAGAUGGAGAUGCUGAGGGACCAGGUGGAGUUCCUCACUGAGGAAAAUGGCAAGCUGGCAGGCCACCAGAACCCGCUGCAGAAGAUUCACUAUGUGAUCCGCCUGAAGAAGGAGAUCGAAAAGCUGCGCGCUGAAAAUGCAGUUUUAAAAGAAAAGAAAAAGACUGAAUCCUAAGGAGCCCGGUCAGCUCUGUGGGCCUCGCCUUGUUGGAAAUGUUUCUUUCUCCCUCACUUAGUAGUGAGAGCUCCUCAUUAACCCAGGAGCUGAGAGCCGAGGUGCUGUCCCCAUCAGCAGGGUGCUUCUGACCGUCAGCAGUCUGCUGCGAGCGCUGCAUAAAGACGGGAAAACCUGUUUGUCUUCUGAAGUUAAAGGCCUGUAGUUAAGGUCUGUAGUGGAUAUUAGUCAGAUCAGUUUUUCUUAAAUUAUCUCCAUGGUUCUCGUGGUGCUGACAAUACUCGGUGGUUCCAGAAUGUGGGAGGGGUGAUGGCUGAGUCUGUGGCACACUCAUCACUCUGAUUGUUUGUGUACUUCCCUUUUGUUUCCGUUUGGUUUGGUUUUUCACAGUGCUGCGGACCCAACUCAGGGCCUCGCACACAGCAGCAGGCAAGCACUCUGCCUCUGAGCCACCUUACCGCUCCAUAUUUUUGUAUUCUUAAAAGUAUUUUCAUGAGCAUUUUCUACAACUGUAAAUAUGGACUUUUUUGAAAUAAAAUCUUUGUUAAAUAAUAAA